GUAUGGGAUCCAGCAAGAAGAACUAGAGGUCGCCCUGGUCUGCAAAGUGAGCGUAAAGAAGUUUGUUUUUGUAAAUUUACGUCAUCAGUCAUUUCCGCAGGUAAAGUUUCUAAAGUCACAUUCGGAAUUGUCGAGUCUGAAGAACCUAGAGGAAUAAGUGAACAAUCAGGUGCUUGCAUUCCUUCA